AUGAGACCUCUCUACAAAGCUCUUUUAGAACUCUACAAGCAAUUCGAGGAAAUCUUAGCUAAGGAAGGACGAUCCUACGCAACACACUAUACCAUAGAAACACUAAAGGAAUUGGUAAGGGGCUAUUUUGUGGAGGCGAAGUGGUUCAUAGAAGGAUACUUGCCGCCAUUUGAGGAAUACCUAAACAAUGCUCUCAUUACCAGCACCUACUGUUACCUCACCACCUCUUCUUUUAUGGGAAUGGGAACUGCUCGAAAGGAACACUUUGAAUGGCUAAGUAAGAAGCCUAAAAUGCUUGUAGCCGCACUCACAAUAUGUCGAUUGGUUGGUGAUGCAUCUAGUUAUGAGACAGAGAAGGAGAGAGGCCAAGUUGCAACUGGCAUGGACAGCUACAUGAGAGAGAAUGGUGAGACAAAGGAAGAGGCCAUGGCCAAAUUUUGGAAAAUGUCUAUGGAUGCGUGGCAGGAUAGCAACGAAGAGUAUUUAAAGGAGUCUUCCUAUAUAUCGAAGGAUGUUCUUACGAAAAUAUUCAAUUUGGAACGAGUAGUAGAUGUUAGUUACAAGAACAACGAAGAUGGAUAUACUCAUCCCCAUAAGGUUUUGGAGCCUCAUAUUAUUUCCUUGUUAGUUGACCAUAGAGGUUUAGUGAUCAAACUUCGCUUCAUAUGGUACUAUUGA